AUGUCACUUAUAAAGAAUUUGGUAAAGGAACCCGAAAGGAAGGAUUCGAAAUCGGACAAUGAUAGCGAUGGUGAAAAGAAGCCGAGGCCAAUAAUAAAAUCCGCUAUAGAUCUGCAACGUUUGAAACUUGAAAAACUAAUGAAAAAUCCUGACAAACCUGUGAUUAUCCCUGAGCAUCGCAAAGAAAAGGACUAUAUGGCAAGUGUUCCCACAUUUGUGCGAAAUGUUAUGGGUUCCAGUGCUGGAGCCGGGUCUGGAGAAUUUCAUGUGUACCGGCAUUUGCGUCGCAAGGAGUAUGCUCGCCAAAAAAUGAUUCAACAGAAAAGUUUGCAAGAACAACUUGACGAUGAGUAUCAGCAAAAAAUAGAAGAAAAUCGUCGUAAAGCUGAAGAGAAAACGGCAAAGAAGAGAGCAAAGCGCCUUAAGAAGAAGCAACGGGCAAAAAAGCCUAGACAACAGAAAGCUCCCAGUGAAUCGACGAAGAGCAAUGAAGACGAUGGCAAUACAUCAAGCGACUGUAGUGAGGACAACGAUAAUGACAAUAAAGCAAAUGACGAUAGUCCAACAACAUUAACAUCUAACGAGUCUGUGGAAAAUAAUGCGCCCAGUGUCAAUAACGCCGAUGAUUGCACGAAGGAUGCUAAAUCAAAUUCCUCUGAUGAAACUCCGCUGAAUAAGGAUACAAUAUUGGUAGAGUCUUCUUCGGCAUCUACAGCAGCAACUAAAGAUGAUGUUACAGAAAACGAUAAAGAGCAUCCAGACACAUGA